AUGGUCGAUUCCGUGGCCAAUUCGGCAAACGAAUCCGAAAGCAACGGUUAUGCACCUCCUACAGAAGCAACGCACACAACCGUUACUGAACCGCCAGUCGUCACCACGGAAAUGUACACGGUACUACAGAAAGCCAUUGUGGAUUCAGCUCAACUAAUCCUCGAAAAGCCGUGGGAACUCGUGGGGGAACAGCGUGGAACUCGUUAUUCAAUCUGCAGCAAGAAGCGAAGCACUGGUAGCAGUAGUAAAAGUGUUUCAUCGUCAAACAACGGACUAGUGCCACGGUUUAUUUCACGGGGGCACACGUAUCGGGCGGUCGUCGGGGACACUUUGGUGCUGCCAUGUGAGGUUGAAAAUCUAGGCACACUGGUUCUACUGUGGCGACGAGGCACCAAUGUGUUAACGGCUUCACAACUUAUGGUAACCAGAGACGAACGGAUACGACUGGUGAACGGUUACAAUCUUGAAAUAUCGGAACUGGAACCGCAGGAUGCUGGUGACUACGUGUGUCAAAUCAGCGAUAAGAUCAACAAGGACCAGGUGCACACCGUCGAAAUUCUGGUUCCUCCCAGCGUGAGAGUGAUACCACCUAGCGGACAACUAACAGCACGGAAAGGUGGUGUAGUAACGUUAGAAUGCAAAGCAUCGGGCAACCCGGUGCCAUCAAUCUAUUGGACAAAGAGGGGAAGUCCUGCCAAAGUGGCCACCAAAAUUGGCGAAGGCCCAAUUCUUACCUUAGAAAGAGUGGAACGACAGCAGGCAGGUGUUUAUCAGUGUACGGCGGACAAUAAUGUCGGAGACCCGGUAACCGUUGACAUGCGACUCGAUGUUCUGUAUCCACCAGAUAUAAGCGUCGAUAAAUCCUGGAUACACUCUGGAGAAGGAUUUGAAGCACAACUGGAAUGUAUCGUCCAUGCAGAUCCGCAACCUUCGGUAUCUUGGUAUCAAAACUCGUUUCCUAUUCAACCAACCGAUAGACGGACGAUGUCAUCGAGAGGAAAUCGACACACGCUUUCUAUCCGCCAUGUGCAACAGGAAGAUUUUGGCAACUACAGUUGUGUCGCGGACAAUACACUUGGCCGAUCCAAAAAAUACAUGGAAGUAUCUGGUCGACCAGGACCCGCUGAGUUUGUAUCACCACCAUGGAGUCGAUCACCGGACAGCUAUAAUCUGACCUGGAAGGUAGAAAGCUAUCCACCCCUGUUGGAAGUGCGACUUUUGUAUCGAAAACUGAUGAUGAAUGAAACAUUCCAACAACCAGGGCGAUGGCACGACGUAAUACUCACUCCAUCUGCAAGGCCCAUCACAGAGCCAUUAACCCACGUCAUGGCAUUUACUCUCCGUGGACUUCAACCGAGUUCAGUUUAUGAGGCAAUUGUCCAAGCGAAAAAUCGUUACGGCUGGAAUGAGGUCAGCGAUAUUUUCCAAUUCUACACCCAACGAAUAUCGUCCGACGUUCACUCUGAGGAAAUGCAAGUUGCUAGCUCAACUUCGCGAAGUAGUGCAACUUCACUGCAACGUCAGCAAUCAAGCAGUUUGUACUUGAUGUUCGCAAUUAUUUGUUGGCUUCUGGAAGUGCACUGCAGACUACAACGAAACCCAUAGAGUUCAAGCAGUUAGGUAUAAAAUGACGGAGAAAGCCGAUAGUAGGAUAACCCACCCCUCACACAGAGACCGAAACCUAAACACGACGCGUUCUCUAUGUACAUUUCCAUUCGAAGAUUUCCUCGUACCUUUGAAUCAUUUUCUCUUAUUAGUUAUUAGAAAUAAAAAUAGAUACACUCAAACAAAAGCUCAAUUUCGUAGCUUUCUAACAACGAUCCAAAUGUGCAAGUUCAGAAAUAAUCAAAGAUCAAAGAUUGAUUAACAAAAAAAAAAAAA